AAAAAGAGACUCCCAAUGCUACAAGAGCUUUCAAGUUUGUUUCCCGUCAGAAAAUUACAUUUUCGAAUCCACGGGGCAAAGAUAAGAUAGAUAAAUGUAACUAUUAUCAACAUUAUUUUAAAAGUAUUGCCUGCAGCUUUUUACUUUUAUUAAGUGCUACCGUUGCCCAUGGAAACAAUUCAAAUAUCAAACACUUCGUGACUUUUUUUUUCUACCAAAGAUUAUUCGCGCUGGUUAGGGGAUAGGCCUGCAUGGCUUUAAAAGAAACCGUUCAAAGGGGUUAUAUGAUUGAAAAAAGCUUGAGAACCACUGGUCUAUGGUAACAAAUCAUCACCUGGAUCAGGACCGAGAUUGCACAACUGUCCUGUCUUUAACUGUCUAUGGAACAAACCAGCUACACUGAAACUGCACUAAGUGAAAAAUCACAGGAGCCGAAGUGACUCAUCCUGAUGUGCAGGAAGCUCAGGAUACAUAGGGCAAAUGCUGCUGGUGCUGGUGUCCCUGCUCUGCUGUGUCCCUGCAGCCAAGGCCUGUCUGCAGUGUGACCGCAGGAUCAGGCUCCUACUCGAGGACUUUGUGCUGUCUGCUCCCACUGUGAACAACCAGAUUGAAAUGAAAAAGAUUUGUGAUCAUGCAUACGUGACCUACAGAGAGACCAGCUGGGAGCGAAAGGGAGUCAUUGAUCCCACCACUCUGUACAGAGCCAGAACUGAGUACCAGAGUGAAUUUGACCGCUUCUUGAAAACCAAGCACACUGGAUCUGUAACAUUUGAAGCCAUUCAGAUCCUGGAGAAGGGCAGGAAAAUCCUAGAAAAACACUUGGACACAUUUAUUCGUGAUGGAUUGUGCCCCAACAAGUGUGGUCUUUUGAAACAAAGAGUAAUAGAUUGCAUCUCUUGUCGCUACAAGAUAUACAUCUGUCGCUCUCCCUCUGGCCAGCUGGACUGCGGUGAGUACCCAGUGCUGGCUGAGGAGGGAGGCCAGGCAGUGUUGAACUGUUUCCUUCCAUGGCAUCGUCUUCUGUUGGGAAGACCAGAGUACCACUACUCCUGGGUCCCCGGCGUGCCAGCAACUGAAAAGCUGAUCGAGCGUGACUUCAAAGCCUUGGUAGUGACAGAUGACUCAUCUGUUGUCUUAAAUCAGCUGCAUGUGGAUGAACAAGGAACAUAUCGCUGCUCUCUGCAAGAUCAAAGUGGAACCGUCUUCUACCAAGUCACUUUCCUACUCGCUGUCUGCCAUUUACCUGACCAAACACACCGACCCAUGAUCACUCUGCCCUCACUCCCCCACGGAGACAACUACUCACCUUUUCAACCUACUGCAGGCCUGCUGGUGCCAGCCAUCGUCAUGGUUACUGUUUUGAGUCUGGCAGCGAGCGUAGGCCUCCUAGUUGUCCUGGGAAUGAUGAUGAGUCAGAGGAGAGCCGCUGAGGAGCCGAGCAGAAGGAGGAAGGAGGGAAAAAACACACAUAACACAGUGUGAUGCAAAUACUGUAUACAGUACAUACACACAUACAGUAAAUGCUAGGGAGGUUUUACUCGCUUCAUGUUGGAUAUUUCUCUCAGUGGCUGAAUAAAUUCCCCAACACAAAGUGCUAAGUCAUGUCUAGAAAUAACACAGAAGUGAGAAAAGCUGUUAGCUACAUGAUGAGGCACAAAGGGUGUCUAAAUGUUUUUGAUAAAUAUAUUGUUUGUCCUAAAUGAUGAACUAGGAUUGUCAAUGUGAAUCAUGGUGAAUUUAAACACUACGAUCUCACUCAGAAAAAAGAAUGUUUGUGGUGUAAGAAAACUAGAGCGUGCAACACCCACACUUAUAUACACACACAUACACACACACACACACACUAAAAAUCCCCCAGAAACCGUCAACUUUCCAUAACAUUAAGCACCAGCUUGUCAGAACACAUGAAUGAUCUCACCCCAGCAGGGUCACGUUCCCCCUGAAUGGAGUGAUGGUGGGAGUUUUUGAGAGGAAUAAGGGAUGAGGUAAAUCUCCCGGAUUAAAGUGUUUUUUUUUUCAGAGAUUAAAAGCCCCAGUCAUCCAAUUAAUCCUGGAUAAUCCCCCUGUGGGAGGAGGGGGGAGACGUGACAGGGUAAAAGAUAGCAGCAGAUGUUUUCAUCAGGGUUUCAUUAAAUGUUUAUGUAUGUAUCUAUAUAUUCAUUCAGAGACUGAAUAAUAAUUUUUUGCAUUAUUUAUAAUGUCACCGUUUUCUUGCAACACGAUCACCAGACUUUAAUUCUGUUUCCCGUCUGCCUACAGUAUGCUCUCUGUAGAUUUUGAUGCCACAAGUUGAUUCAAAAGAUAGUCACCUCUUUCUGUCACAUGUCAUAUUCCUGCUCACGCUUGCCUUUUUUCGUCUUUCAUAAAUUGUGCUAUUGUCAGCACCUAGCUUGCUUUCAAUGUAAAAGUCAAACUUCCUGUGAUAGGAUAGCAGAAAGUCGUCAUCAUCAACAACAACUAAUUCACACCAAUUGCGUCAGGCCAGAUGUAUUAUUGGCUGAUUCCCUCCAACCAUGACGCUCUGAUGUGUUAACAUAGGAAAGAUGAUGAAACCACUGAACCAAAUGAAAGUAAAAGCGAGUGAUCGAUUCAUGUAUGAGUCUUCACAUCCAGGAACAGUAAAUAAAUCACCUCUGAAAUCAAUCAGCGCUCAGGUUUUUUAGGGAAAUUUCUGAUAAACAUCAGGUUUAGUCAGUUUGGGUUAUGAGCUAUGACGAAUGUAGCUUGGGUUGUGAUGAUACAGUAUGAGGGUGUGUGUGUGUGUGUGUGUGUGGAUGUUGAGGCCUGCAUGGAUGGUGACAGGAUGUAUGUACAGUGCUUUUUCCUGUCGGGCUGCUGAGAUGGGGGCGAAUGUUAAAAAAAGAAACCAUUCUUUAAGACUCCCUCACACAGAGACACGUCACACUCGUCCAACUCAACAGACCUCAUCACUUCACUGUGGGUUUAUAUGUGUGUGUUCAAGCCCAAAGUGCAGAUUGAGGCUACAGUAAAUGCAUGCUCAGCGGCUCUGCUGACAGCCAUGAUGUACUGUGCACCAAAGUGUGUGUCUGUGCAUAUGUGUGUGUGUGGAGUGAAUUUGCAGCCUCAGCAGGGAGAGAGCAUGACAAAGUGGGAGUGCUGCUGAGGGGCCUGCAGGCAGCGGUGAGGGAAAGAAGGGAAGUGGGAACAUGAAGAAAGUGGUGUCAGAGGUUUGAGUGGGAGAAGUACGUGGGAAGGCAAAGUAAUUUGAAUGUGGGUUGUGAGGAAAUUAGGACAAAGAUAUCAGAUGAUCAGAGAUCAACUUUGAUAUACGGUCCCACACUACACAUUGUACAUAAAUGACAUUUUUCUGUAGAUUACAGGACAAUGUUAUCCAGUGGUGGAAAGAAAUCUACAAUAUCCUACUCAUUUAGAAUUACUGGACUUAAAUAUUACUCAUUUAGAAUUGAGACAACUUGUAUUGAAAACUACUCAAGUAAAAGCACAAAAAGACCGCUCUUGAUGUGUACUUUAAGCCUUUAAAACUUCAACUCUAAGGUGUUUCACUAAAUAUUCACAACUAAAUAAGCAACAAUCAAAGUUUCAAAGCAAGUUUAACACUCAAAACACAAAUCAGUUUCAUCAGGAAACAGACUUAAAACCGGAAGAUUAAACUACAAAAAAGAGAAGUCACUCAUGUUAAAUAACAGUUCUAACUUUAAAGAAACUUUAAGGUCACCAAGAAAAAGCCAACGUGGCUUCCUGAGUCUAACCUUUUUAACAGGAAUACACCCUACCAAGUGUCUCCGAUUCAUCGUUUUCUUACAAAGAACCUUGUAAUGUGUCAUCUUUACUAUUUAACAUUAUUAAUGAAAAAAUGAUAUCCAGUGCACCGUGCAGCUGUUUUAUUGUGAGGCAGGGAUUUUAUUUGUUGUGCUGUGUAAUAGACUAUACUGUCAUAGAGAAGAAAGAUACAUGUGCUGUAGAUUUCCGAGCAGAGCAGCAACAAAGCAAUUCAAACUUGUUCUGGUAUUUUAUCAGUGCAACAUUUCACUUUUCCUCAAGGUAAAAAGCAAUAACCAAAGGGAAGUCAUUGAGAGGAAGAAUGUGUUACUUUAGUGUGUGUUCUACAUGAAAGCAGAAGGGGCAUAGAGAAGCUCAGGUUUAAUCUAGGUUGGGUUUUAACGUCCUCAUUCAACACAAAAACAACGGGAUAACCCCAGAAGACCAAGUGCGCGGUAGGAAAAUCAGACUUGACGUCAGUGUCCAUAUGAGGAGUGACGGUCAGGCCAUAUAUGGUCG